AUGGUGUUUAUUUCCGGGUCAGUGUUUCGUUCCCAAACACAAGCGCCAUGUUGACCCGACUGUCCCGGUUCGGGCCCGGUUUUUCCCGGUGUCUCCGUCAAACGCAGGUCCGAUGCGUGUCUCAGUCCACGCGGAGCGGCGCGAGCUCCGCCGCGGUCACCGAGGCGCACGCGCCCCCGGCCAGCGCCGCGCACGGAGAGGUCAGCCCCUACGUGAAGAAUCCAGACUUUCACGGCUUCUCGUCUGAUCCGGCCGUGGACGAGUGGAACAUGAGGAUCGGUUUCUUCUUUGGCAUCUCCGUCGCUCUGGUGAUCGGAGGAACCUUCAUCCACUAUUUACCAGACCACGGGAUGCGUCAGUGGGCUCGGCGGGAGGCGGAGCGUUUGAUUCAGGAGCGAGAGCGAGACGGACUUCCUCUGAUCGGAGAAAACUACUACGACCCCAACAAGAUCGUCCUGCCCUCCAAAGAAGAAUAAUCACCCCUGCACUGUAUUUCAUUUGUGUUUUUGUCCGUUUAAAUAAAAGAGUAAAUAUUUCA